AAAGUGUCACGUGAAUAUUGCUUCUUAGCGUAAGUUAAAAUGGCGGCUAGUUCUUCCUUCGAAUCUGCUAUUCAAGAAGACUCUUCGGGUAGUUAUCAAUAAUAUCUAGGCCUAUUGAUUUCUUCAUAUCCGCAUUAUUUUAUUUUUGAAGAAUGCAGACAAUUGGUGCAUAAUGUAUCACACGGCCGCCUUAUUGGUUACCACGACCCGUGGACUUUUAUAAUUCACUCAACUCAAACUCAAAUCACUGUACUGUACUGUCACCCUAACAAUAAAACGCACUAAAAUAAGGGAUUACCCACCCUAACAACGGUCUAACCUGAACCCUAAAUUAUGUAUCGCGAAUAUUUACUUCAAGUCAGUACUUCACUGACUUCACAUUUCUGAUUUCUGACACACUGAGAGUGAGACCGGAUUUAACUCCUCUACAUCGACACUACAGACUACACGCAAUACUACAUCUUUGACUUACUUUUGACUUUGACUUACACUACUGCUGCUGAGACUGAGACCUUUCAUAUUCUCUACUCACUCCAUUUAGUUUUAUUUUAAUUAUAUAUACUGUUAAUACUGUAUAAUCAAUUACAUAAUUUAUAAUACCAAUACUAUCAUCAGUUUCAUUGCCAGGUAGGUAGUUCGGUAAGAUCCGGGAAGUGCCGUAAACCGGGUAUCGUGAUUUCGUUGUCAAAAUGGCGACCUCCACUUUUUAAUUUACAGAGAGUCACGUUGUUUACGACUUUUUAACUAUACAUAGCCCAGUAUGUUAAUUCUAUUUCCGCCCAUAACUUAGAGUAGACAUGUUGUGUUAUGAUUAGACACUUGAGUCCCCCAAAAAAUUUUGGGGCUUCACUUUGAAAAUUGAAGGUAAAAUAAUGCAAUUUUUACUCAUUCAUAUUUUUUUUGUGGAAAGGAUUCUUUCUUUGAACUUCAGGGACUUUAUAAAUAAUGGCAUUAACUACAACAUAUCCAAGACAUGCUAAGUUAGACCCAGCCAGUUGGUCAAAAAUUCAUCAAGAAAUUUUAAUCACGUGUGUCCCAAAAUUACCUAUUAUCGUUAAUAUUUGUUGCUAUGUUAAAUAACCUGAUUUACUCUGGAAAUCCAGCCUAUUACCCCCUAAUAACUCAUUCAAAAACAAAAACAAAUAAUUUAAUAACACAGAUACCUAUCUUAACAACAUAAAUAUAUAUUUUUAACUUGUUUUGAUGCUUUUAUUGAAGGGUAUUGACUUGGGUAGUGGGUUAAACUGAAUUAUUAUUAGCCUCAUUUUUAUUAUAAUUAAUAUAUUAAAUAUGAAAGUUUAAUAUAUAUAUAAAGUAUAGUAUUUUAAGUAUAGGCCUAGCUCCUGCCCAACUCAUUAUUUGUGUGACACAUUAUUUGUUAUUUGUAAUGAUAUUUUAAUGAAUAUUAUGAUUCUUAAUGCAUAGAUUAAGAAAAAAUAUAAACAGAAAAAUAGUCACUUACCGUUCAUAUUGAAAUAUCCUAUAUUUAAUCACAUAUCACAAUAUUUCACAAGAGAAUUAUUACAUAAUCCUUGUAUUCUCAAAGAAAAAACACACUUUCUGCCACAAUAGUCCAAGAAUUACUUAAGAUAUUAUUAAUAAUAUUAAAGAACAAUCAUAAAAACUUAUACUUACCACAAGCAAAUGACUAGAACUUAUUUUAGUUUGUAUAAACCACCAAAGUUGAUUCUAUCAAUGCAUCUUAAUUUGUGAAACAAGAUUACUAACUUGUAAAAAAAUGACAUACUAUUUUUUUUUCAUAUUCAGACAUUCAUAUGAUAUGGGACUAAAAUACAUAUAUAGAAAAUGGUAAAAUAAAAAGUGUAAUCGUAAAUUUUAACUAAAUGAAACAAGUAAUCCCUUUAUUAUUAGUUUAUACUUAUAAAUGUUAAACAAUUCCACAGAAAAUUUGAAAUUUAUAUCUAAAGAAUAUUAUUAUUAUUAUGAUUCUUGGGAAAUUAAAAAAAAAUAUUUAAACAAAAUUAAUUAAUUAAUUUCAAAUAAGUGAUGAGUCAGCAUAUUUAUACAUGUUUUAAAAGGAAAAAAUCCAGAUUUUAAAAAAAAAAAUUUGCGGAAUAUUAACAAAAACUAACUUAUAUUUUGUGUCUUUAUUUAGAAGUACUCUUAUUUAACUAUGUUCCCUGUAAAUAUUAUAUUUUUGUCUAAUUUUACAAUAAAGUUAUAAGCAUUCAAAAAAAAGCAAAUUGAGGGUCACGAAAUGUGGAGGAAAAUCCCAUAGUAAAAAAGUGCCUUUGAGGUCCGUACUAAAAAAUUCAUAAUGUUUGAACCACUUGAGCUAGAAAGUUGAUCUUGGUGUUUUUGUAAUCUAUUCUCCAGGUUCUAUACAGCUGUAGUAUUUUUAUAUUUUUAAAAAUGUUUUGAAAUUUUAAUCAAAGUGCCUACAUUGCCAUCAUGCUGGUUAUAAUUCUAAAAUUCAUAAAAUAAAUGAUAAAAAAUAUUAACGAUAACCCCUUUGAGAGUGAGCCUUUUUGGAGUGUCAGUGCCAAGCAGAUGGAGCCCUUUAAUUUUUUACAAGCUCGGCACUAGGGAUCGCAAUAGCGGUCCCUUUUACCAAAACCAGUAUUUUCUAUAUUGAAGUUUACGAAUACAGGAAUCCAGAUAUUUCAUUGACGAUUUAUCAUUGAAAUAAAAACAUUCAGACAAAAAUCAUAUUUUGAUUUUUAAUAAGCUUUUAAGAAUAACACAAAUACUUAACUUCAGACUUAUAUCAACGAAAAUAUUUUUAACUUUUUUAAAAUAAAAUUAUUUAAAUAUCAAAUAUUAAAAUAAUUUGUGUUGCUUUAAUCUUUGGUCAAAUUUAAAUACAGGUAAUAAGAAGAUAGUAAAAAUGACAAAGUGUCUAAUGUUUGGUCGCUUAAUUUUGAAAGCAAAUGGUUACAAAAGUAACCUGAUGACGAGAGCGACCGCUGAUACGUUGAACCUUAAAAAUAGUCUGUUAAUUUGCUUUAUUUCUUUGAGUUUUAUCUUUUGUGUCGGCAGAAGUUUAGAAUAAGAUGCUGUAGAAAUCAAUGCUCUUGGAGUAUUGGUACCAGAAAAUUUGUUAUCUUUCAAGACAGUGGAAUGUGCAGCGUUUAAAUGAGUAUGAAGGCCUGAAGUUGUGUCUCCUAAUGUUUUACAAAUCUUGUUACAUCUAUUGCAUUUAGCUGAGAGAUUGACCAUAGUUUUCAAGAAAUAAUACCAAACUGAUGUAUAUGUUUCCGAGUUUCAUAAGCUUUUCAUAUUUAGGUUUAUUUUUUCAGGGUCCCCCAUUUUUUGCUAUCAACCUAAAGGGAAAAUAAAUGAUUAAAAAAAAUUUUUUUAUUAAUUGAAUUGGUUUGAUGUGUACAACUUUUAAAAAAAAAUGUUUAAAUUUUCAUGUAAAUGUUUGCCUAUGUACGGUACAGACAAACUGGGGGCAUUUAGCCAGGGACAAAAUAGCUCGAAAAUCAAUUGUGAGGUGAAUGGGAAUUAUUAAUAUUGUUAUUACGAAAUAGAAGUAACAUAAUUUUUCUAUGUCUUAAACUUAAGGUGUUUGAUUAUUAAAAUACAGAUUUACUCAUAGUUUUAAAUAUGUAGGUUUUUUUGGCAUAAUUAAAGGAAAUCAAGUAAUCAAACAUUUUUAUUAUUAAAAGUUUACCCUGUGAUUCGAGUCGUGUCAUUAUUUCCAUAUAUUUCAUGAUACAAAAAAACUGUUAAUGUAAGUCAACAUUCUAUCUCCAUUUGACUAUACAAAUCACUUAUUUGUCAAUAAUAUGAAAAGAUUUACUUACCAAUCCUGUACCUUCAUGUCUCGACUCCCGUCUCCACUUAAACACUACACACGCACAAUGUAAAAACAAAACUAAUCACAAUGCCAUGAUUCUUGACAAAUGAACAGUAAACAGAUCUAGUACAUCGGUCGGCUCUCUUUGAACUUGAGACAUGUUUUGUGAGGGGUUCGCACAUCACAUAUAUUAUUGAUAUGUCUUGCUUUAACCAUGACAUAAAAACUAAAAGAGCGAAAAAUAGUUUUUGAAAAUGAAAUCCCGGAAAUUUCAAAAAUCCCGGUUUUCAUAAAUCUAAUCCCGUUUUUCUUCGAGCAUCAGUUAUGGUCCAGUAUUCCAGUAUUUUUGAAAGUUGGGAUCCCGGAUUGCAACCCCUACUCAGCACUGAUAUUGCAAAAAAAAUUUUUAAUAAAUAAAUAAUCUAAUUACUUUACAAAUAUAAAACUAUAUAAUUUAUAUAUUCUUGUAGGCAUUGAGUGAACUAAUACAAUCUUUAUGAAUCAAACUGAAAUCUCAACAUUUAUGCAAAUGUGAUAUCCUAAUUUGCAUAAUGUAUGCAUGUACUUUUUUUAACUUUUACACUUACAAUAAAUACGUCUUGCACUGGCAGAAUUUUGUUAGAUUUUAUGAUCGUUGAAGCCUAAAUAAUUCCUAACCCAUAUUUGAAUGAGAUGCAGUGUGGAAAAACUACUUAAAAUAUUCCCCUGGGGCUGCUUAUGUCUUUUGACAUAUUUCAAGGUCACAUUUUUUUAAAGCAUUUUUAGGGGGCUCACCAGGUACCCCAAAAAAAUGAUAUAAAAUAACAGAACACUGUAAAAUAUCAAUGGAAGUUGCCAUUAAAAUGGUGAGAUGAUUAAGACAUGCAAGAAACAAUCUGAUUAACUGAUACAAAACCAGCCAGCCAAUCUCGAGGCUUUAAUAUAUUGAUGGGCAGAUAGAUCAGCCUUUCGUCUUUUUCUCCUUUCAAACCUGAGCCGAUAGAUCGGCCAAGCCAUCCCAAGAGAGUUAAUACCUAUGUCAUGUUAGGGUUAGACCUACAUAUACGGUUACACAUAUUGAAAUUGCUCAUUACUUACAAGUUAUUUACUAUCUAUUAUCAUAGUAUUACUAAUGAAUGAUUUAUAAUCAAAAAAAUAAAAUCUAAAUAAACUAAGUGACUCAUAUCAUUGCUCUGAGUACUGCUCAGCCUCUUAUUGCUUAAGUUAACUCAUUUGUUAUUGUCAUUUUUCUGAUUACUAAAAGUUCUAAGGUGAGGCUGAGUGCAGCAUAGCUAAGUGAGUUAAGCAUUACUUACUUAUGCAGGAGGACAGUUAUGACAUAAGGCUUGAGCUACGGUACAGAUUUUAAUAUGCUAUAAUAUGACUAUAAAUCUAUUAAGUAUAGCGUAGGCUAUAUGCUUUUCUUUGUGUCGGUCCAAAGGGAGAGUGCAGGCAGUCAUCAAUUUUUAAAAUGUCACUUAAAUAAAUGAAAAAAGGUAAUGGAUUUUAAUUUGUAGCAAACUGUUGCUAAAUUUGCACUUACCCUAAAGCAGGCCUGCACAACUCAAAAUGUAAGGCCGGCGGUAAUACUUUAUGAAAAACUUGUGCGGGCCAUAGUACUUUAUGAAAAGCUUGCGCGGACCGAAAGAUGAUAGGACAGGGGGGAAAGCUAUUAAGAAAAUAAUAACAAUAAAGAUUAUUUCCUUACUUCGCGGGCCGCCAAGUGGGUGCUGGCAGGCCACAUGCAGCCCACGGGCCGUAUUUUGUGAAGGCCUGUCCUAAAGGAUUGACUACCCCUGCAUUAGUUUAUUAUUUUUAAAAAAACCUUGAUAUUAUACACCUUAAAAGCUGCAGAAUAGAGGCAAGUGAGCCUGAUGCCUCUAGUAAUAGGAUAUAAUUAAAAAAAAACUUUUAAAUUUUAAAUGAUUCUUGCUGAACAAAGGGCCCAACAAUUGUUUUGAAAUUCUGAGCCCAUUUGUUAGCCCUAACUCUUUCUAAGUCAGACCAUUUGCAAACAUAAGUUACAUCUAGCUUCACAUAUGAACUGAAGUCCCUUUGUGAAGAAACAAAAAAAUAAUGUACUAACGGUACACCUUUUUUAAAAAAAUGAUUCAAUUAUACCGCUGAAAAAAUUUUCAUAUAUUGGUAACACUUUUUUGAUGUUACCUCCAAACUUUUAUGAAGAUAGUUCAUUAAAUUUAUUAUGUCAUUUAUGCAGAUGUCAAUGUUUGGUUAAAAGAGGCUCACGAUGGUUCAGAGAAACAUCAACUCCUUAUUGGCCUACAUUAUCUCAAGCUUGCUGAGUUAGGUGUUAACAAAGAAGAGAAUGCUAAUAAUGCUGUUACUUGGCUUAUUGCGGCUUCAAAGCAGGGAAAUUCCGAAGCUAAUGAAAAAUUAAAGCAUUGUGUGGAAACCAAUCUUGGUAUGGUAAAAUGUUUCUUUUUAAUUGCAUUUAUAUAUGCACACUCUUUUUAUUUAAAUUAUGGAUCUAAAUGCCUACUUAAUUACCAUGUUCAAAUAUUUGUAACAUUUUUACAUGUGUUAAAAUUAAGAUAAAUGUUUGAAAACUUACAAUUUUAUAAUCACUUUCUAAGAUUUUAAAAAAGUAAGUAAGGUACCAUCCAUAAAUCAUGUCAUGCUAUUUUAGCAGAUUUUUUACACACACUCCCCCAUUGUCACAAACAUUAGACAGCCCUGUCACAAUUUGGCGCGCAUCUCCCAUAAGUGAUGUCCUUUAUGGACGGCCCCUAUUUGGAAAAUAUUUUUUUUUAGUUGUUUGAAAUCCAUUAAAAAAAUUAAUAACAUUAUUAAAAUCUAUUGAUAUAAAAUACAAUUAUUUAACCUUUAUACAGGCUUAAAUGAGAAAAAUAAAAAUGAUGUCACUUGGUGUCUUACUACAUCUGUGUCCGAAAAGAAAAUUCGCUUUGCUGCUAGAUCACUUUUCUUAAAGUUGAGUAAUGCUCAUAAGAAGGCAUUAUCAGAACAAGAGUAUAUUGAAGCAAUCAAUAACCUCAGUUCCAUUAGUGAAAGAGAGAAAAAACUUUUACUAGCAGCAGGUUAGUUUGUUGCAUAAUUUACAAAGAUUUGAAAUUGUUAAUAAGCUAAGUAAAUUCUUUUCUUUAAAAUAUUAACAGUAUGUUAAAAGAAUUUGUUGAAACGGCUCUUUAAGUAAAUGAUCAAUGUUUCACUUCAAUUUGAAUUCUACAAAUUUAAGAAAUACAUUAAAUUAAUAGUAAUAGCUCUCAUGUUUUAAAAUUGAAAUCUUGACGUUCUUGAGCUUAAAAAGUUUUUCUUAUUACAUAAAUAAUAUAGUUUCAAAAUUCUUUUCUUAUUUUUACUUUAUUUUUGCAGGCAAAAAAAUUGGUUCAACAAUAGGAGAAAAUGAUUUUGUUAAAACGGUUUCCAAAAAAAUUCAGGGUACUUUGACAUGGACUACAGAUGAAAUUGGGGAAACAUCUGCAGCAUAUGACUCUGCUGGGAUAGUUAAAAAGGCAAUUUUAUAAUAUUCAUAAAUUAGUUUUUUAGUUUUCUUAAAGAUUAAGAAAGGAAGCAUUAUUUAAGUAAUUCAAAUAUUAUAUUAUUAAUCUUAACAAAGUUUGCCUCAUGGAAGUGACAAAAGAGAAUGAAAAAAAAAAAAAAAUUCGUCCAUUUGCCAUUACAUGCAAUGUGCCCUUUAAGCUGCGCGGCCGCGCAGCAAUCUCACAGAUGCCGCGCAGCAGUUUUGAGUAGCUAAUUUCCACUUAAGCGUGUGUUUGUGUCUGUAGGUUAGGUUGUAAAAUUUUGCACACAAAAAAAUUGAUGCUUUAAAAAUUUGAACACAACUUUAAGAUUUUUGCACACGAACCAACAAAUCUUAGAGGGAACAUUGAUUACAUGUUUAAUUAUGAUUUUUUAAUUGUAAUACUCGCAAGCAGGCCUGCACAACAUAUGGCCCGCGUGCCGCAUCGCGAGCACCCACUGUGUGGCCCGCGAAUACUUUGGUGAAAAAUCAUAAUAUAAAUUAAUAUUAAUAUUCCCUAGCUUAUUGAUUCAUAAUAUUACGAGAGUUAUAUAUAAGCAGUAUAAUACUAUAAAUACUUAUUUCACUUUUAAAUAAUCAAUUUUUAAAAUAUUUAAUAUUCCCCACAUAUAAUUGAAAUGAACGUUUUGUUUUAUUAAAUCAAAUUAAAUUAGAUCUACUAAUUUUUUAUCGUUGUGUAAUAUUUCACUAGUUUUCUUUCCUCGUAACGAUAUUUAAUUACACAUGCAGGCUUUUCCAGAGCAGUUACUCUUUCUCGAGGGAAAUUAAUAUCAGUUUCCUGCGCUUGUGUAUUCUCAAUCAACCUAACCAACUGUUAGUGUAACUGUGUCCAAAACCAGUGACUUCUGUGCAGAGUAGCCUUUUACUAUUCUUGUAAUAUUGUGUAGAAUUGUGUUGUGUUGAACUCACGUAUCGCCUUAUUUUGAUAUUCUGUGCAUUUAGUUCGGUAAUAUACUUUUAGAGGUGUACUUGAAAUAUUUAAGCGCAAUGAAUCAAAGCAGAAAGAGAAAACUAGAGAUAGAGCACAGAAUUUGUAAUCCUGAAUGGACAAAUAAAUAAUUAUUUACAGUGUUCAAGGACAAAAUAAUGUUCCUCGUAUGUCGUGACACAUUUGCUGCGCCGAAAGAGUAUAAUCUUCAACGGCAUUUUGAAUCUAAACAUCCUAAUUUGUCAAAAUUAGACCAAAAUGAAAAAAUCAAUUAAAGCAACGAAUCUAUCAAAAACUCUUACUGGAGAGCAAACUUUUUCAAGAAAGAGAGCAGUGAAAAUGAGACUGCUACCAAGAUAAGCUUUUGUAUUUCAAGGGAAAUAGUUACUGCUGGGAAAUCAUUUACUGAAGGCGAAUUUGUAAAAAAGUGAAUGCUGAUUGCCACGUCUGAAUUAUGUCCGGAAAAAACGUUGUUAUUUCAAAACAUCAGUUUAUUGCGAAUGACAGUGCAAAGGAGAAUUACAGAUAUUUCCACCAAUCUUCAAGAACAAUUAAUGCAGAAAGCUUGUGAAAAUCUUUUUAUCUUCUUGCUAUGGACGGAAGCAAAGAUUUAAAAGACACCACCCGAAUUCUCAUUUUCAUUAGAGGUGUUGACAAAACUGUGAAAUUACCGUAGAAAUCGCUGGAAUGUGCUCCAUGUCAGCUCGCACAACCGGAAAAGAUAUCUUCAAUGAAGUGAUAAAGUGCUUGAAAGAUAAGUUAAGAUUUUAUCAAAUUAGUGGCCAUUUGUACUGAUGGUUCCCGGAAUAUGACGAGCAGUAAUAAAGGAGCAGUUGCGUCUCUUGAAAAUUUUAUUCGAAGGCAAAUAACAAAAUAUCAUUGCAUUGCACAUGUGCAGGCCUUUUGUAGCCAAGUGUUACAUUUAGAACAUGUUAUGUCGGUUGUUUUCAAAAUAGUAAACCAUAUCCAUGAAGAAGUGAGAUGGUAAAGCCGAGGGAAAGUGCUUCAACUUCAACAAUUUGUUGCUUUGAAGAAGGAAACAUCUAAAUUCCUAGAAGACGAAGCAAAGGAAUUCCCUGAGCUUGAAGACGAAUCCUGGAAUCUUGACCUCUCUUCUUUUGUGAUAUUACAACACAUCUAAAUGUCCUUAAUGUUCAACUUCAAGGUAAUCAACAACUUGUAUUUGAAAUGUUUGCAGCAGUAAAAGCUUUUAAACUGAAAAUGAAAAUUUUCAAAACCCAGUUUCUAAAAGGUGAAAUGCGUCACUUCUACACGUGUGCACAGCACAUUCCUCAGGACAAGCACGUCGAGUUGGGAAGACAAUUUGGUAAUAAAAUUAAUCUUUUGAUAGAAGAAUUCGAUAAAAGACUCACUCUUUCUAAAGAAGAAGAAAUUCAGUUUAAACCAAUUGAAGAUCCAUAUUCUGUGAAUCCUGAGGACUUACCAGUUCAAUUGCAGCUGGAGCUUAUCAAACUACAAUGUUACCGAAGCAAGCAAAGAGAGAGCAGCCUGCAGGAGUUUUAUAAUAAUCUGGAACAUGAGAACUACAAAAAUCUUUACGAAGUUGCACUAAAAACUUUUAGUGUGUUUGGAACCACUUAACUAUGUGAACAGACAUUUUCAAUAAUGAACAUUAAUAAAUGCAAGCCACGCUCAUGUUUGACUGAUGAUCAUUUGCAAGACAUCUUGAGAACAGCCACUUCAAAUAUAUCUCCUAAAUACGACAACAAACUUGUUAGCCAAAAAGAUUCAAUGUUUCACAUUAAAUUUACUUUGUAAGUAAUCAAAUAUUCUUUAUUAUUGUUAUUAUUUUCUUAAUAGCUCCUCCUCCUCCCCCCCCCGUCCUAUUUUCUUUUGGCCUGCACAAGUUUUUCAUGAAGUAUUAUGGCCCGCCUUACAUUUUGAGUUGUGCAGGCCUGCUCUAGAGCAUCUAUUAUUGUAUUUUAAAAUAUUCUACAAAUUUAUGUUACAACUUUUAACUGAUCCUUAUUUAAUACAUUUUACAGGUCUUUGUGUACCCUCGACAGACUGCUUCCAUUGUAUUUGACAGAGGACUGGAAUAUGCUAGCAAAGAAGGGCUUAGCCUGAUUCUGUCUCUUAUCCCUACCAACCAAAUAUAUCUUCUGGCUAUGAUACUAAUUUAUAGCUAUCUCACCCCAGGGUUCUUCCUUCUAUUUUUACCCCUCUUGGCAUUUUACAUCUCUUUGUUUGUCAUGGUUGUGGCAACACUUCAGGUAAUGUUUGUGUAUUCAUUGAGUUCUUAUUUAUAUAUCUUAUAUGCUUUCUUGAAGUUUGUUCAUUGCUGAUGCAUGUCAAAAUCUUUGAGAAAGAUAUUUCAGCAUAAUAGUAUCAAUAAUUCAUCAUACUGAAAUUGAAAGUUCUGACAUGGCAAAAUAGCUCCAUGUCCAUUUUUCCUAGCCAACUAAUGAUGUUACUUUUUUAAAUAGCUUUUAUCAUGCACUAACCUAUUGUGCAUCACCUGGUACUGGUAUCUCUUCUAACUUUAAAAUCGAGGAUGUGUUUUCUUGCACAAGUUGCAUGGUUUACAAUGUCCUUUGAAAAAGGUGUGGAAAGUUUACUUACAUAGGAAGACCAAGCUGUCAUCUUGGUUCAGAGAACACAUACAAUAUUUUAAAGAAAACAAGAAUUCUAUCUAGUUUCAAAAUAUUUCAUCAAUGGUUGUAACCUCAAUGGUAUAUCCAAUACUGAAGUAAACUAUAAACUGUAUACUGAGAGAAUUCCACAUUAGGAAAAAUACUAUUAAAUUAAAGAGCAGCAAUACUUGCCAUUCAGACUCUGCAAUCAUUUGAAUUUUUUUAGGUGUGAAUCUCUAUAAUUUUAAAAUAAAUUUAGUGCGGUAAUUCUCAAUUUAAUCUUUUUACUUCACUUCAUAUUAUUCCACAGAUGUUUUAUAAGAAACGGAAGCAAAAAGAAUCUACUACAUUAGUCUCCAUGCUUCAGGAACAAUUUCAAGUUGAUAUAGAUGUUGAAAGCACAGAAUCACAGUAUUUGUGGAAUUCGCUGACUCCCUAUUUGGUUUACUUUGUUGCACUACCAAUAAUGGUUGCAAGUUUCUCUUUGGCAAACAAGAACUACAUCCCAGGUGGAGAACUAUUUGUUGUCAGUCUGAUAAUGACUGGGUUUUGUUUUUUGGGGCUGUCAGAUAGUUAUGACAUUCAUACCCUGUUGGCCCUGAGCGCUCACGCCUUUGCAUCACUUCCUGUUUUUAUAAAAAAUAUUCCCAAAAUUCCAAUUAUUUCUAGCUUUGUUGGUCUGAUAACAAAUCCCUACUUAUCAUUAGAAUUAGGUCUGGGUGUGUCUUUUAAUCUGAGUCUGCCAUCCAUAGUUCAUAUGCUGAUACCUCUGCUGUUGUUACGAAUGGCUAUGAAAGGGUCAUGGUCUGGAGCAUACCGGAUCCUAAUUCCACAUUUGGUGUGUUAUUUCUGGUUCAGUGUUUCAAUCACAAUGUUUCCCUUCACCACCUGGAGGAGUUUAGCUAGAGCAACAUUUGGCUACAUAAUGCUUCCAGCAGCAAUCCCAAUUAGUUUCUUACUAGCCAUACUUGGAUUCUUUUAUUUCAUUUACAAACUGCUGCAGACGCAAAUGAUCGGAAAGCUUUUAAUCACUGCAAUGCUGUUUGCAGUACCUGUGGUGUUAACACAAACCAAGUCAUUAUUUGGCAAAAAGGAUAAAAAUACAUCGGCAAAAUCAAAGAGGGUACAGAAAAUUCUCAUGAUUAGUUUUGCAGUGCUUGGUGUCCUGCCACUGCUAUUUGUACGCAUUCCAACUCUGUCCAAGGCAAAACACUUUGAACUGAGCUGGGAAAGUUACAGAGCCAUAUGUAUACCUGCUGAGAAUGACAUCUGGGCUCCUUAUCAAAUACGAUGUCGUGACUUUAUUGGAACAAAAGUAAAUUGGAAAGGAGCAGUAAAGCAAGUUAAAAUUACCAAAAGUGAAAAUACUGCUGAGAGUGUGAUAAAAUCUUUACCCACCAUUUUAUCUGACCCACUUUACUGCAUUUAUGGUGACAGGAUAUCUGAUUGUAAUGAGGCUUCAAUGCCUACAACAGCAUUCAAGCACUGCCAGAUUGUAAAAGAAAUGAAGCAAACUUGUCAUUUAAGAAGCCAUGACCAGUUUACUUUCUCUCUGAGCAUGCAAGUUGAGGAUGUUCAGGUAGACUUGGAAGCUGGGCCUAAUUUCAAAGGACAGCUUAUGGCCUUGAAGCCAAAUGAUGAACUGGAGUUUUCUGGUAGCCUUGUUGAUGUAGGAACCCCAAUUCCAAAUCUCAGGUUAAGAUCUCUUAAUUGUACUAGCAGAGAGCUGCCCAUCAUGAUGGAUUUGUCAGAAGAUGUUGAUGAGGAUACAGUUUAUAAGAUGCUCAACGAAGCCUUUGCUCUUACUUUCAACUUUGGUCUUUUCCCUGUGUUUAUUUACUCACCACACUAAAGAAUCAAAACUUGCAUUUUAUCACUAAGGAAUCAAAUUUUUUGUCUCAGGUUACUUCUUUGCACUUUUCAUAGUUAUUUAAGAGCCAAGCUAGCUGUUGGUGCUUGGGCUGUCAGAAGCAUAACUCAUCUGCUAGGUGCUGCCAUAAAUCAUCUCCAUAAUUUUGGUUUCCCCUUCCCCUCCCAGCUCCAGUGCAGAACACAUUUCAUCAACAGGUGACAAUCUUCAGUGUGUGUCACGGUAGUGGUGGGUGGGGUCUUUAUGAGGGUUUUAGUCUGUGACUUGUGACUAAUAGAAUUUAAAAUUGGGGACAUUUUUUAAAUGUAUGUACAUAUAUAUAAAUACACUGUAAUUUUAAUGUUAUUUGAUAUUUCAUUUAAUCAGUGCGGUAUCCUAAGAUCUCUUUAACAUUUUUGGCCUUGAAUUGUGAUUCAAAUGGUUUUUUGACAUGUAGAAUAUAAUUUUUGUAUUAUCUGUAGUUUAUGAUGUACCGGUACUCAUACUGACACAGUUGCAUAGUUUUAAAUAAAUUGCUUCCAAGCCCUAUGCCCUGUAAACCAAUAGAGGCUUCUUUAAAAUAUGUAAAAAUCUGUGAUAUUUCUAUUGUUGAAAAUAGCCUUUCCGUUAUAUUUUAUCAUAGUUACUAAUAGUAUUUUUAUUGCUUACAAUUGGUGAUAUAAAUUUACAUUAACUAUAAAAGGAUUUGUUUCUCACAAUGACCCUGGCUGUUAAAAAUGGUAAUCAUUGCACAGCAAAUUAAAUUGUCUUCUUUUUUGUUACUCUUCUUUACUAAUCUACUAAGUUAGUUAAAACAUUUUUUUUUAAAAUUUAAAUUCUUAAAAUCUAAAAUGAUUGCUUUUAGGUUUUAGUAAUUCUGUUUGUUUUAAAGUUACAUUUUUAAAAGCUGGCAUUUUCUUAGUCUGUGGUUCAACAACUAUUUUUUUUAAAGGGAACACAGAUGCAACACAAUGCCUGUCUUGCUCUUCAAAUUUUCAGUUCAAUUAAUUUACAUUUAUGAUCCUGACCCAAAUCAAUAUUUGCCAAGUAUAAUUUAAAAACUUUUAUUAAACUAUACUUGUUUUAUGCUUCAACUUCAUUGGAUACAAUUUUUAACAAACUUUUCUUUCCUAAAACAAAUGUGAAAUUUUAUGUAUCUCCUAGACACUUGAUAAGUGAAUCUGUAAAGUUUUCAAGGAGAUGUACAUCACUUUUAUAAGUAAAAGCUUUACAAAAGUUUUCUUUGCAACCAGUGAAGUAUCCCUUAAAACCAUGCACAUUAUCAUCGCAAUGCCUUCUGAAACAUAGGAGCCAGAAUGAUCAAUUCAUUGAUGGUGGGCCCUCAAAAUAUAGAAGAGAAGAAGAAGAAGAGCUUGUCAUAAAUAUGGCUAAGUGGCAGUGCUUCCAUUCCACUACAAAAAGAAUUAAAUGGGACUGGAAGACAAUUAUAAUUGUAGACAAGUGAAGUCAAGCAUUAGGAUGACACUAUUCAAGAGGUUAUUUAGAUAAAUAUUUUCAAAGUUAGUGAUAACAAGUGUGACCAUAAAUAUGAUAAUCUAAACGCUGUAACUGAAGCAACAUCAAUGUACACAAUCACCUUAAAUACUCAUUUCAAUGGAUUGUUUCCUCUGUCUUUAUAGAGAAUAAACUAUGGUCUAUUUUAAUCAUCUCAAGUUCAGAGACUUCUGUUGGUUACGGGGUAUUUAUUAUUUACUUUUCUUCUAUGUUCAGAACCAAAUGUUUUCAUUAAACACAUGCGUUCAAAUAAAAAUGCACUAUCAAUGUGAGUUAUUUUAUGUUCUACCAAAAUAUGGACAUUUUAACUUUAAACCGUUUUGAUUAAAAACACUUAUUUAUUG